ACACCCUAAGGUGAAACGUGGCUCUCUGGCGCGGUGCAUUGUGGUCUGACACCUCUUGCGUCGUUGGUUGUUUGGCCCGCUUGGCUCAUACUCGUCAAAAUGGCGACGUCCCUAGGAUCCAACACCUACAAUAGACAGAACUGGGAAGACGCGGAUUUUCCAAUUCUGUGUCAGACAUGUUUAGGAGAAAACCCUUACAUCCGUAUGACCAAGGAGAAGUAUGGAAAAGAAUGCAAGAUCUGUGCUCGACCCUUCACUGUGUUCCGAUGGUGUCCAGGGACACGAAUGCGUUUCAAAAAGACAGAAGUCUGUCAGACUUGCAGUAAAAUGAAGAAUGUUUGCCAGACAUGUCUACUGGACCUGGAGUAUGGUUUGCCUAUCCAGGUCAGAGACACUGGGCUGUCAGUGAAAGAUGAUGUUCCUAAGUCGGAUGUUAACAAAGAGUACUACACACAGAACAUGGAGCGAGAGAUAGCCAACUCUGAUGGAACACGGCCGGUAGGCCAGCUCGGAAAAGCUCCCAGCUCCAGUGAUAUGCUGCUCAAACUAGCUCGGACCACACCAUAUUACAAGAGGAACCGGCCGCACAUCUGCUCCUUCUGGGUGAAGGGAGAGUGUAAGAGAGGGGAGGAGUGUCCCUACAGACAUGAGAAGCCCACAGAUCCCGAUGACCCUCUAGCUGACCAGAACAUAAAGGACCGUUACUACGGCAUCAAUGACCCAGUAGCUGACAAGCUGCUCAAACGGGCCUCAACUAUGCCCCGACUGGACCCACCAGAGGACAAAUCCAUUAGCACCCUCUAUAUAGGGGGUUUGGGAGAUACUGUCACAGAUGGAGAUCUCAAGAGUCACUUUUACCAGUUUGGUGAGAUUCGCACCAUUACCAUAGUCCAGAGGCAGCAGUGUGCCUUCAUCCAGUUUGCUACGCGGCAGGCAGCUGAAAUGGCUGCUGAGAAGUCUUUCAAUAAACUCAUCAUCAAUGGACGGAGACUCACUGUCAAGUGGGGAAGGUCUCAGGCAGCAAGAGGAAAGGAGGGCAUUAAAGAUGGGGUCAGUGAGAUGGGCACCAGGCUUGAUCCUGUACCUGGACUGCCGGGAGCUCUUCCCCCACCACCAGCGUUGGAUGAAGAAGCUCCUGCAAACUAUUUCAACCUGGACCCUAGCACCUCUCCUGCUGUCAUGAACAUUGCUCUUCCUCCACCUCCGGGCAUCAACCCGCCUCCUCCAGGAUUUGGACCGCCUAUGUUUCACCCCAUGGGUCCCAUGGCUCCGCCUAUGCCCCCUCCAAUGAGCAUGAGACCUCCUGGUCAAAUCCAUUACCCCUCUCAGGAUCCUCAGCGCAUGGGUGCCCAUGCCGCACAUGGCUCUCGCCAUGGUGAUUAGCUGCUAGAAAUCAUACUGUGUUAAGGUGUCAUUCAUUUCUUUAUGUCAACCCUGGUGGGAUGCUUUCACCUCAGAUGCCAUCAGUGGUCUGCAGAUGACUCCUGGGAGAAAUACACUGCAUAGAACAGAGUUAUUUCUUGCAGCAUAACAUUUGAUUUUAUUAUGUCACGAUCAGUGCAGUGAAUGAACUGAACAAGAGCCAUUUGGGUCUGUGGUGACAACAGCCAGGAUCUUACGAGAUUAAUUUGUCACUACUCACAGUUAUAAAGUACCAGCACAGCAUCUGAACAGUGGAAGUUAACAUGGUGAAAGAUCAGGAAUGUAUGGGGUAUUUUUCAGGCUUCUGUGUUUGGAGCCUUUGUACAUAAAUAUAAAAACUCAUACUGUGGGUUAAACCUGUCUCAUUAUUCAUAGUGUCACAUUUAGUGAAUUUCUGACAAGCAUUUUUAAACAUUGUCUGUGACAUCAUAAUGUUCAUUACAUUGUCUUUUUUUUAUUUCCUACAAUCUUAAUAUUCCACAACAUAAUGACUUUGUUGUAAGGCUUUCUUGAAAUGUUUUCACUUGUUAUUAAAAUGACACAUAUUUGUCAUUAAUCAUC